CACUACAGCGUGGUGCACCUGAACUGGGAAACCAAUCCUCUCUGGUGAAACUCGGUUUUAAACAUAGUCUCGUUCGACAGCCGUUGGUCACCUUAGGACCCCUGGAAUAUCCUUAUUUUCUGUUGUUUUCCUCACACGUUUGCGCUGAUCUAUGAUGGAGAAUUAAAAUGGUGAGGAAGAAAAAGCUUCUGGUGUUUGAAAUUUGUGGAAACAUGAUGUGGGAUGGAUAAACAGAAAGGAAGCUCUACUAUGGCCUCUAAUGACCCUGACCCCCUCGAACCCCUCGGUGACCCCCAACCUGGUGACCUUAUAGAGAUCUUCAGACCAGCCUAUCAGCACUGGGCUCUCUACCUGGGCGACGGCUACAUUAUUAACCUGACACCUGUUGAUGAGAGUCAAGCAGCGGCCAUGUCCAGCGUGAAGUCCGUCUUCAGUCGGAAGGCGGUGGUGCGCAUGCAGCUGCUGAAGGAGGUGGUGGGGGCGGACUCAUACCGCGUCAACAACAAGUACGAUGACAACCACACGCCCCUGCCUGUCUGCGAAAUCAUCCAGCGAGCUCAAGUCCUCAUCGGCCAGGAGGUUUCCUAUGACCUGCUGGGGAGCAACUGCGAGCAUUUUGUCACCCUGCUGCGCUAUGGGGAGGGGGUGUCUGAGCAGGCAACCCGGGCCAUUGGGGCCAUUAGUUUGAUGACAGCAGCAGCUAGUGCCUUCUCUGUGCUAGGCCUGAUCAACACGCGCUCCAGAAACCGGCCUUUCUGAUGGAGCCGCCGCGCCCAGCAGUCACGUGACCAUGAAAUCACAACAGGAAUGAAAAAAGUCAAACAAUGUCAACAGUCACAAAAAAAUCUUCUGCAUUGUGUUGGAAAGUGAAACUUAUAAUUAAUAAAACAAAUG